GUGAGAAAGUAGCAAUAAAGAAGAUUCAUGACAUCUUUGAGCACAUCUCUGAUGCCGCCCGAAUUCUUCGUGAGAUAAAGCUGCUCAGACUUCUACGACAUCCAGAUAUUGUUGAAAUUAAACACAUUAUGCUGCCUCCUUCUAGCAAGGACUUUAAAGAUAUUUAUGUUGUUUUUGAGCUAAUGGAGUCUGAUCUUCACCAAUUUUUUCCUUUACCAGCUACUUCGAGAUUGAAGUAUAUUCACACUGCAAAUGUCUAUCAUCGAGAUUUGAAACCAAAGAAUAUAUUGGCCAAUGCAAAUUGUAAACUCAAAAUCUGUGAUUUUGGGUUAGCUAGAGUUGCUUCAGUGACACACAAACUACCAUAUUUUGGACGGAUUAUGUUGCUACAAGAUGGUAUAGAGCUCCAGAGCUUUGUGGAUCAUUUUACUCAAAGGUAUGCCUUCAUUCAGAUUAUUUGUGGCAGUGAGAAACAGACAUUUGCGUAGUCUGCUCACCCUGCAUUAGUUCAAGAUCAUUAAACUUGCAUUUAAAAAUUGCACAUGCGUGCUCUGUAUUAUUUCCUUUCCCAUCAAAUUGCCAACUGUAACAUCUGCGACCUAUGUGCUAUUCCUUAUCUAUCAGUUAGUAGUGUGACUGUGUUAUGACCUGCUGGUUGUAUUCUUUGUUGUUUUAUGAAAUAUUAGAUGAGGAAAAAUUGUGCUACUUUUGUUCAAAUGAAAAUAAAUCAAGUAUAUGAGUUAACUAAGCAUUCAUGUAAUAAUUGGAGAAAUUGAUAACAAAAUGAAUUAUUCUUGCAAAUUUUUUUUUCCUUUGCCUUUCAUCAUAUUUGAUGUUUAAAGUUACUCACGAGGCUCAUGGCUGAAAAGGAAAAGUUACUCAUGAAGCUACUUGGUGAGAGGUGAUUAAAACCCUCUAGCAUUUUGACACGAAUAAAGUUAUUUGUCCAUGUUCAUUACUGUGCACACAACGGACAUUUGAAGUUGUUAUCUGAAGAGAAACGUUGAAAAGGACCUGUAAUCUUAUCCAUUUCUUUGUCGUGUUCCUCUUGUCUGAUCAUAGCUGGAAGAAGUAUCGAAGACCAUUUAAGAUAUUCAGUGAAAGGAAAGACAAUAAAUAUUGAAAAUUAUAUAUAUAUAGAGAAGUAUAUAAACUUGUAGA